AUGUCACCUCCGCCCUUCCGCGUGCUCGUCUUCAGCAAAACCGCAGGCUACCGGCACGCAUCGAUCCCCGCCGCCAUCUCCGCCCUCGUCCAGCUCUCCUCGGCAUCAUCCGCCGACAUCACCACCUCCACCACCACCCCUUCCUCCUCCUCCUCCUCCUCCUCUUCAACAGCGACGGCGGCGCCGCCACCACCACCGCCAUUCACCGUGCACCCCUCCGAAGACGCCAGCGUGUUCACCCCCGAGUCCUUAUCCCGCUACCGCGUCAUCGUCCUGCUCCACGUCACCGGCACGUUCCUCUCCAAGUCACAGCUCGCCGCGCUGCGGGGCUUUGUGCGCCACGGGCGCGGCGUCGUGGGCGUGCACAGCGCCUCCACGGGCAUGUCGUCUGAGACUGACGACGACGAAGCCGCCGUGGACGAAGAGGGGGCGGGUUGGUACCGGCGCAUGGUUGGCGCGUCGUUUGUGGGACACCCGGAGCCCCAAACGGCCGUCAUCAAGGUUGAGGAUGCGGCGCACCCCAUCGUGAGGUUGGGCUUACGGGGUCUCGGCGACGGCCUCGAGAGCUUCGAUCAUGGUACGCUUCGACGGACAUGGUUUGACGAGUGGUACAACUUCAAGGCAAACCCCCGAAAGUCGUCGAAUGCACAUGUACUCCUGUCGGUGGAGGAGACGUCGUAUCAGGGCGGCACCCUGGGAGACGACCAUCCACUCAGUUGGUGUCACGAGUUCGAGGGGGGUCGGGUAUUUCACACGGCCCUAGGACAUUUUGAUGCCGCAUACAAGGAUACCAUGUUCAUGGGCCAGGUGCUAAAUGGUAUUCUCUGGACAGCCAGGGCAAUCCAGGCGUAG